AUAAAAUGUCAUCGAAAUAUGUAGAACCUGAUACAAAGCAUUUUUUCUCGUUUUCUCACAUUUUACGUUUGGAAGUCGAAAGACACCAGGAAAAACUGGAGAAUCCAAAAACGUCAAGGUAUUUCUAGGACGGAUUUUCUGUUUUUACAGUACAUGUUGCUGUAAGACUUGGCGCGACACAGGACACCCCCAAAAUGCAGCAAUCAGUGAUUGAAGAGGGAGCAGCUUACGAACCAUCCAUUUGUAGUUAUGAUGCCCUUUUUCCAGCCUUACCAGAAUCUAAUUUCAACAAUGCAAAUACGAAUAAUUCAAUGGGACAGAGCAACAACAAGAUGCGAGUUGGCUCGUCCAUUAUCACUCAAGUUUUCAAAGUCCCAUUUAGCGAAAGAAAACUGGAUUAUAGCGAAAAAUUCGGCGAGGGAGAAUCAUUAGUGAUGUGUGCUAACAUUAUGAAAGAAACAGGUGCUCAUAUUGAGAUAUCUUCCAGUAGAGAUCAGUCUCUCACAUUUCUAGUAACAGGAAAGCAAAAUGAAGUUUUAGAAGCCCGAAGGAAGAUUUUGACUCAUUUUCAAACUCAAGCUGUCAAACAAAUCUCCAUUCCGAAAGAGCAUCAUCGUUGGAUCUUGGGCAAAAAGGGAGAACGUUUGAAGGAAUUAGAAAAAGUGACAGCAACUAAAAUACAAGUGCCCAAUGUAAACGAUAUGUCUGACGUGCUUACCAUCACAGGUACUAAAGAAGGAAUCGAAAAGGCUGAACACGAAAUUCGCGUUACAUCUGAUGAGCAGUCAAAGAAGGCAUUUGAGAGAAUUAACAUUCCUAAAAUAUAUCACCCGUUCAUUCUUGGCGCCUUCAACGAAAAUCUAAACGCAAUGAUUGCGGAAACUGGGGCCAGGAUCAAUGUGCCUCCCCAAUCUGUCAUGAAGGAUGAGAUUGUUAUUGCAGGAGAAAAAGAAGGAGUAUUGGCAGCAAAAGCCAAAAUAGAAGCUAUUUAUAAAGACAUGGAAAAAAGAUGCACCACUGUCUGUGUUGAGGUACCUAAGUCUCAACAUAAGUAUGUUAUUGGACCAAAAGGAGGCACCAUUGCAGAAAUUCUUCAAACUACUGGUGUAAGUGUCGAAAUGCCAUCAAAUGACUCCAGCACUGGUACAAUCACAUUGAGAGGUCCUCACGACAAAUUAGGUCAUGCUUUGAAUAAAGUGUAUGAAAAGGCUAAUUCGGUACGAUCUACCGAUGUUGAGGCUCCUUCCUGGAUUCACAAAUAUAUAAUUGGACGUAAAGGUGCUAAUAUAAAAGAUAUCACACAGAACUUACCCAAGGUCCAUGUAGAAUUUACUGAUAAAGAGAAAAUAAAGAUUGAAGGGCCACCUGAAGAGGUAGAAAAAGCACAAGAACAGAUUGAAGCUCUUGCAAAAGAUUUUAUCCAAAAAUUAACUUUUGCUGAGAUCCAUAUUGAUCCACGAUAUUACAAACACAUCAUAGGAAAGAACGGGGCAAAUGUGAACAGAAUGAAAGAUGAGACAGGAUGUAUAAUUAAUAUUGACGAAAGUGGACUUGUCAGAAUUGAAGGUAGUCGUAAUGGAGUCCAACAAGUCAAAGAGGAACUUGAAGAAAAGGUUUCAAAGUUAGAGAACGAAAAAGAGAAAGAUGUCAUAAUUGAACAGAGACAUUAUAGGAAUCUCAUUGGUGCCAAAGGAGAGAAAAUAAGGGAAAUCAGAGAGAGAUUUAAUCAAGUUCAAAUCAACUUUCCUGGUCCUAGCGAUAAAAGGGACGUGGUAAAAAUCCGAGGUCCUAAGGAAGACGUCGACAAGUGCCACAAAUACUUAGUUAAACUAGUAAAGGAAUGGAAUGAAUCCUCCUACCAAGUUGAAGUGCCUAUAUACAAAAAGUUCCACAAGUUUAUAAUUGGAAAGGGGGGCAUGAACAUACGCAAGAUACGUGAAGAAACUCAGACAAAAAUUGAUCUUCCCGCUGAAGUAGACAAAAAUGAUGUCAUAACAAUCACCGGUAAGAAAGAAAACGUUGAAGAGGCUAAGGAGAAAAUAAGAAAAAUACAGGAAGAGCUGGACAAUAUUGUAACUGUCGAUAUAACAAUACCUCCAAAAUUUUAUAAUUCCAUAAUAGGAGCUGGCGGAAAGCUUAUAAGAUCGAUAAUGGAUGAGUGUGGUGGAGUCAGCAUAAAAUUUCCUAACACUGAGAGUAAGAGUGAUAAGGUUAUGAUUAAAGGACCCAAGGAAGACGUCGAAAAGGCUAAACAACAACUGUUAGAAUUGACUAAUGAAAGACAAUUGUCAAGCUAUACAGUUGAGGUAAGAGCUAAACCUCAACAUCAUAAAUUCUUGAUAGGUAAGAAUGGUGCUAAUAUAAAGAAAAUUCGAGAAUCAACUGGCGCUAGAAUUGUUUUCCCGUCCAACGAUGAUGAAGACAGAGAACUGAUUACUAUUAUAGGAAAGAAAGAAGCUGUUGAGAAAGCUAAAACUUAUCUGGAAAUUUCCAUUAAGGAUAUUGACAACAUCGUUGAAAGCGAAAUGACCGUCGAUCAACGUCAUCAUAAACAUUUCGUUGCCCGUAGGGGUGAAGUUUUACAUCGUAUCACCGAUGAAUGUGGCGGUGUGAUGAUAUCUUUCCCCAGGCCAGGAAUAGAAAGUGAUAAAGUUGUAUUAAAGGGUGCGAAGAACUGUAUUGAGGCUGCUAAGGCUCGAAUAGAAGAAAUAAUCACUGAUCUUGAAUCAAUGAUCACAAUCGACUGUAUCAUUUCUCAAAGACAUCAUCGUACAGUCAUGGGAGCAAAAGGCCAAAAAGUACAACGAAUUACUGCUGAAUAUGAAGUGCAAGUUAAGUUCCCUGAAAGAAAUAACAUGGAUGAGUAUUUUCCUCUUAAUGGUCAAGUUAAUGGAGACGCCGAGGCCGAAUCAGUUCGUCAAUGUGACGUUAUUCGUAUUACUGGCAAGGAAGAAAACUGUUUGAAAGCCAAACAAGCCCUUUUAGAUCUCGUGCCAAUCACUAUAAAUGUUGAUGUUCCGUUCGAAUUGCACCGUUCACUAAUAGGACAAGGAGGUCGCGAAGUUAGAGGGUUAAUGGACGAAUAUGAUGUGCAUAUUGUCCUCUCGCCUGCUGAACAGAAAGAGGACAUAAUAAAAAUAACUGGAACUCCUGAAAAUGUGGAAAGGGCGAAAUUGGCCGUUCAAGAACGCGUCAAAGAGCUUGAACUUGACCGGAAAGACAGAGAGCUAAGGUCUUUCACGUUGAAAAUUGAAGUUAAUCCUGAAUAUCAUCCAAAAAUUAUUGGACGUGGGGGCGCCAUUAUCAAGAAAAUUAGGAACGACAACGAUGUGCAGAUAAUUUUCCCCAAGAAAGGUGAUCCAGAAGAACAUGUUAUAACAAUUGUGGGCUACGAAGAGAAUACCAAAAGAGCAUCGAACGAUAUAAUGAAGAUCGUUAACGAACUUGACGAAAUGAUUCGAGAAGAGAUUUUCAUUGAUUCACGCGUUCACUCGCGACUGAUCGGGUCCAGAGGACGCAAUGUUAGAAAGAUUAUGGAAGAUUUUAAAGUCGACAUCAAGUUCCCUAGACCAGAUGAUCCCGAUCCAAGUGUUGUAGUGAUCAGCGGCCAAGAGGAGAACGUAGCUGACGCUAAAGAUCAUUUGCUUAAUUUGGAAGAAGAAUACAUGCAGGACGUACAGGAGCAAGAGCUCCGAGAUAGUUACCGUCACUCUUUAAGCAACGCGUUUAACGAGAGUCCUAGAGACAAGAAAACAGACGAUAGCGGUUUUGUUGUACAGGGUGCCCCCUGGGAACAACGUGCUCCGAAUACUGCAAGUGUGACCGAAUUCCCAUCUUUUGGAGGCGGAAGCGGUACUCAGGAAGUACAAGCGUCUCCCGUUUCUGGUGUCUGGGGAUCCAGACAUUGAAAUUAUUAAUCGUUUCUAUUCUAAUGCCAUACUGUAAGCGUAAAACAAAACCAGAACAUCGGUGGCAGUCUUUUAUUAAGACUUAGAAAAACAGGAAACAAUAAUAAUAAUAGUAAUAUUAAUAUUAAAAAGUGAUCAAUUUUUAUAAUGAUAAUACACGCGUAAUUUUUUUAAUUGUGUUUAGAGCAUUGGUUGGUUGGUUCGUACUUUAUUGCUUAAACAAAGAAUAAAUUUCUUCAACUUUUUGUUGUCUGUGAUAAAAGAGCAAGACACCACUGCAGGUAGACAAAACCUUAUUAGUUUUCUUUAUUAUUUGUUCAUGAUUCUUGCCGAAUUUAUAAUUUCAUUUUCAUUUAAAGUGACAACGGUGUUGAUAUAGUUUUUUUGGUGCCGUUGUUUAAUCACUGCCAGAAAAAUAUUCAAAAAUAAACCGAUUUGUGACAUUGGUAACGGGCAAUUAUGUAUAUGCAAUCAACCACAGUUACUUUUCUUGAAAUUACUAGUGCACUAAUUAUAUUGUUUGAUUUUGCAGCUUAAACAUUAUCUUGCGAAUUUUUGAAAUUAUUGUGGAAGUUCAAAUUUUGAUAUAUUUUUUAAACGUGCUUAUAUGAUUUUUCGCAUUUUUAAUUGGUGCCAAGUGGUUGAUUGGGUAAACGAAAAAUCAUUAACUGGUGUUGAAUGAUUAGAAAACUUUUGGCCUUCGGUGGCUGCGUCCUCUUUUUCACUGUUUGCUGCAUUGAUAAAUAAUUGGCUUGGCUAACGUUAAAUGGACUUUGAAAACGGAAAUGAUUUUAAACACAGUCGAAAUAGGAUUUCACAUACGAAUUUUAGGUCUUCCUCAUCUUGUCGGUUGAGCAGUUGUUACAAAUAAGGAAAGCUCAUCGACACGAUUACAAAGGGCCUAACCGCGUCUCACAUCAGAAUGGAGAUGUCGUCGAUGAUAUUAUGCAUAACUUACUAUGAUUAAAUACAGUUUACUACUGUUAAUUAAUUAAUUGAUUAAUUAUUACUGCUAUCAUUUAAUAACAAUUAGUUUUUUUUAUAUGUAUAUAUAAUCAGUUAUAUUUUUCAUUUUAGUCAGUUAUGUGUGUGGUUGCGGCCUGUGUGACCACGUAAUUUUCUAUAUAGCUAUGCAAAACGUUGUAAGUUUCCUAAAAAUAUUUUUUCAUUGAGUAUAUUAAUAUAUAGAAAAUGUUGUUUUAGCUAAUGUCUGGUUUUAUUAAACGUUUUCUUUGGGA